CUCAACAAGAUAAAUAAAUUUGACAUUACUCACACAAGAUUUUCAACACACAAAACAACUUCAUCAUGCCUCUUGUCGUUCCCGGUAUCAACUCUACUUCUGGCGAUAACGCCGACGAGUGGCAGAACAAGCUCGUUGGCAAGAAGCUCUCCGAGGAAGAGUCCAACGAGACGGUCUUUUGCAAGCGGGAUCUUCCCGAGGAGACGCGCAUUAUUGAGCCCGGCAUGAUGGUGACAAAGGACUUCAAGGAGAACCGACUCAACGUUCACCUCAAGGACGACGGAACCGUGUCGCACGUUGUCAAGGGAUGAGCUGGUGGUUUGUCUGCAGGGUGUACGAUAAACGAGGGAUUGCACGACAGCAUGGAUAAAUGAGGACAACAGGAUCAAACAAAUAAACUGCCAAACAAUAUCUACAUUGACACGUA